GGUUAUUUAAUUGUGUUUAAUGUCUAAAGUGUUUAGGUUAGUUUUGAUCGCGAUUUUAAAUACAACGUUCGAUUUAUUUCCAAUCAAAAAUAACUAAAAUGAAAACGGAAGGUGUAACAAAAGGUCCUGUUAAAGCAGCCGUUCAAGAACACGAAAAUUAUAAAAGUAAUCGUAAAGGAUUGCGAAUUCUUCAACAUUCCGCUACUGAUAAAGAGAAUUUAACUGGUAGAUCAGCUGUGAAAGAUGCAAAAAUGGCAGUAGAUCAAGAAGUGAAAAAGCGAAAAUUAUUACAUAAAAGUGUACAAACUGAAGAAACAGCGGUUACGGAAGCGGAUCUUACAGGAGCAGAACCUUCCGAUAUAUAUUGGAGAAAAUUGGCCGAGAAACGUGGGGAAGCACUCAACGAAAGCUUGCAAGAAAUUGAACACCUUAAAGAUCACAUUGAAAAUCUUAAGGAAGAGAAUCGAAUAUGUAAAGAGAUGUUGGAUGAAUCUAAAUCGCUCGUUGAAGUGUUACAGGAAAUGUUGGAGGAAGGUGAAGAAACUAAAGAAGUUACAACAGAUAAUUAAGGUAAAUUUAUUGAUACGACAAAAACCACUGGUUACAUUACUUUUUUGUAUCAUUUUUUUUAAUAAUAAGGAUCAUUAUGUAUAAAUAAACUCAUUUGUAUUAUU